UUACGCUUCACCCUCCUCCUUUCCAUACAAUCUUUCAUGCGUUCAAUAUCCACUCUAAACUUGUGGCUACUCUUUUGUUCGGUUGAGAGCCCUUUUUUUUCAUUAGCCAACGGCUAUUAAACGAACAACAAAUUAAAAUCUACAUGAUUCUUCUUGACAGCUAGCGAUUGGCUAAGAUUAACAAAGAGGGCGUAUCCCUUUGGAAAUGUCAUUACAAAGCGAACUGCCAUUGUUCAGGAAUUAACAGUGAGUAUGAAAUAAUGGCGUGGAAGUGAUGUCAUUUAGUCGAGACUUCAUUGGCUGUUGCCAUUUCUCCAUAUUUUUAUUGGUCAGUUGUACUCGAGUCAUCAUUAACGUUGACCAGGAUUUUGUUGUUAUAGGCCAAAGGAUCAGACGGGCAAUUCAGUGUGGUUCCGUUCAAACCGGCUUCCAUUAGUCCGAGAUCCGAUCGUUUUAUGCGUUUACUCCGCUUGUACGUGUUCAGACCAGUCGUCGUUUGAGAAUACAUGUGAAAACUGUGCCGUGAAAGCAGUUGUGACGUCGAAAUGAUAUUUCAGGUGGGUGUGAGAUUAAUUGCUCUACUCAUGUCUGUGCACCUUCUGUUGCGGGCUGUCUACCACCCCUGCAUUGCACAAUCUAGCGAUGCUGAGAUACCACCAUUUUCCAAAGGCUCGUGCUGUGGCGCUUGCUUCCAGGGUCCAGCAGGAGCAGCCGGCCAGCCUGGAAUUCCAGGCGUUCCAGGCCAAAAUGGUCAGCCGGGGUCAAUAGGCCAGAGAGGUGAGCCCGGCUUGGGUCUCCCUGGACCCAAGGGAGACACCGGUGAUCGCGGUCAGAAGGGGCAGCAAGGAGAGCCGGGGGUUGAAGGACUCAUUGGCCAGCCAGGGAAGCUGGGACCUACCGGUCCCAACGGCGAGAAGGGGGAGAAGGGUGGAAAGGGUGAGCCUGGAGAAUCGACCUACGUCACCCCGAUACCACCCUCCGUCAUCGCUUUCAGCGCUCGUUUGAGCAAUCAUUUCACUGGUAAUUUCGGUGAUAUUAUCAUCUUUGACAACCUCCAAACAAACAUAGGAGAUGCGUACAAUUCCCAAACAGGAGUGUUCACCUGCUCCGUGGCAGGUGUUUAUUUCUUCAGCGUGACCGUCACGGGCCUUCCAUCAGGACCUCGGCCGAGUGCUAGUCUGGACAUGAACAGUGAAAGCAUCUUUUAUGUUCACGACAAUCAUGCAGGCUACUUUCACCAAUCCAGUAAUUCGGCAGUUCUCCUCCUGACCAGCGGGGACACCAUUCGCGUUGUAAAUCGGAGUGGAAGGGGACAGAGCAUCCAUAAAAGUGCGUUUUCUUCCUUCUCGGGGUUCCUGAUCCAAUCGAUGUAACCGACCGACAGCGAGUCCAGGUACACUUCAGUCUAUAGACGUGGUGUGAGGGAAAAGCAGUAAGAGGAGCUAAAAUGAGGCUGAAGACCUUAAUACGACUUAUCCCAACAUUGUACAUGUGGAUGCAUUUUGUUAUGCCUGGAAUUACAGUGACACUAAUGGCGUUUAUUUACAGAUUGCAGCUAUUAACACUUCGUUUGAGGGCCCUAUUAUGUUGGGCAGAAAUCCAUGGGUUAUAAUAUUGGUGGACGGGACAGUUACUUGUGGCAUUGUUCCCCAUAAGCCUGCCCUUUUCAUUUAGACACUGUGAUUCUUUGUCUGGUGUGUCUCCAAAAGGUUUCCAGGAACAUUAAAGUUAACCUCAUGAGGAAAAAUUAAUAAUGAGUAUUAUCACUCCCAUUCAAUUAAUUAAUUAAUUAAACCAAACCCCGGAGGUGGUACCUACGGAAAUUUAUGACACAAAUCAGCACACUGUGACCAAACUCUCCCAGAUCGAGUUGUAGAAAAGAGCCCAUGAUUAAAUGUCUUGUUUUGUUUCUUUCAAAAUA